AUGGAAAACAGUGAUAUUAUUGAGAAGAUGGAAGAUGAUGAUGAACAAGUAAUUUCCCCUAUAGAGGAAGUUAGACUGACCGUCCCGAACGACGACGAUCCGUCCCUUCCAGUAUGGACGUUUCGAAUGUGGUUUCUAGGAAUAGUCUCUUGUAUUCUUUUAUCGUUUCUGAAUACGUUUUUCAGUUACCGUACUGAGCCUCUUAUAAUAACCAUGAUAUCCGUGCAAGUGGCUACUUUGCCCUUAGGACGUUUCAUGGCCAAUGUGCUUCCUACGCGAAAGUUUGGUGUUGGAUCAAUGGAGUUUUCGCUCAAUCCCGGGCCUUUUAACAUGAAAGAGCACGUCCUGAUUUCGAUAUUUGCUAAUGCUGGUUCGGCGUUUGGGAGUGGAUCGGCGUAUGCGGUCGGGAUUUUGGAUAUUAUUAAGGCUUUCUAUCAUAGGCAAAUCUCUUUCUUGGCUAGUUGGAUUCUUGUUAUCACAACUCAGGUAUUGGGAUAUGGGUGGGCUGGGAUUUUGAAGAAAUAUGUGAUAGAGCCAGCAGAAAUGUGGUGGCCAAGCAGUCUAGUUCAGGUUUCUCUCUUCAGGGCUCUUCAUGAAAAAGAAAGCAGUAGAAACUCUAAAGGGAAGUUCUUUUUUAUUGCACUUGUAUGUAGCUUCUCUUGGUACAUUUUCCCUGGCUAUCUGUUUCCGACCUUGUCAAACAUUUCGUUGCUUUGCUAUGCAUUUCCCAAUUCAGUUUCAGCCCAACAAAUUGGUUCAGGCAUGAAAGGCCUCGGUAUUGCUUCCUUCACCACAGAUUGGUCUGUCGUGGCAUCUUUUCUUGGAAGUCCUCUCGUCACUCCGUUCUUCGCUAUCUUAAAUGUGUUUGUAGGCUAUUUCGCAGUUGUCUAUCUACUUAUUCCAGUAGCCUAUUGGGGAUUGAACCUUUACAGUGCCAAAACAUAUCCCCUCUUCUCCUCGCAUUUAUUUGAUCACGUGGGCCAGAACUAUAAUGUAUCUGCUAUUGUAAAUGACAAGUUUGAGAUCGACUUGCCAGCGUACGAGAAGCAAGGACAUAUAUACCUCAGUAUCUUUUUUGUUCUCUCAUAUGGCCUUAAUUUUGCAGCUGUCGUGGCUACUCUCACUCAUGUUGGCAUGUUUAACGGAAAGGAAAUGUAUGAGCGAUUUCGAGCUUCAUACAAAGGAAAGCCAGAUAUCCACACGAGACUUAUGAGGAAGUACAAAGAGAUUCCUAACUGGUGGUUUCAUGUGAUGUUGGUGCUGUCAUUGGCUCUGUCUCUUGUGCUUUGCAUAUUCAUGAAAGAUCAAGUUCAAUUGCCAUGGUGGGGACUCCUCUUUUCAGCCGUGCUCGCUUUGAUCUUUACACUCCCAAUAAGCAUAAUAACAGCCACAACAAAUCAGACGCCAGGACUUAAUGUGAUUACGGAAUAUGUAAUGGGAAUCAUAUAUCCCGGGAGACCAAUAGCCAAUGUGUGCUUUAAAACUUAUGGAUAUAUGAGCAUGAGUCAAGCAGUUUCCUUUCUGAAUGAUUUUAAGCUAGGCCAUUACAUGAAGGUUCCACCAAGAUCAAUGUUUAUAGUUCAGUUAGUUGGGACGAUUAUUGCUGCAACAAUCAACACUGGGGUGGCUUGGUGGUUGCUGACGAGCAUCAAGAACAUAUGCGAUGAUCAGUUACUUCCUGUGAAUAGUCCAUGGACGUGUCCUGGUGACCGUGUAUUCUACGAUGCAUCUGUCAUUUGGGGUUUGGUAGGACCAAAGCGUAUAUUUGGAUCUCUCGGAAAUUAUAGUGCCCUUAACUGGUGCUUUCUCGGGGGUGCUUUAGCUCCUAUUGUUGUAUGGCUACUACACAAAGCAUUUCCUACUAAGGAAUGGAUAAAGCUGAUUAAUAUACCAGUACUUCUUGGAGCAACAGCUGCAAUGCCUCCUGCUUCAACUUUGAACUUCAAUAGUUGGAUUUUUAUCGGGGCAAUAUUCAAUUUCUUUGUAUUUCGAUACAGGAAAACAUGGUGGCAGAGGUAUAAUUACAUUCUUUCAGCAGCAUUGGAUGCUGGAUUAGCAUUCAUGGGAGUCGUCUUGUACUUCAGCCUUGGAAUAGAGAACCUAAGCAUUUCAUGGUGGGGUGCAGACGGAGAGCAUUGUAGUUUGGCAACAUGUCCCACUGCCAAAGGUGUAGCGAUCGAAGGUUGCCCAUUGCACUGA